CAGCAUUGAUACCUGACAGCCCUGACCAGCCAGCGUUGAUACCUUCUAAAGCGCUGUUGGGUGUUUGUUAGUGCUGUUCUUUUCAUGGUACUAGGAAAAAAUACUGCGGCUGCAUCUCAGAGUGUGUGUGUGGUGGAGAAAUGAAAUUCUGCAGGGAAACUGAAGCAUGCUUCAUUCCACUUCUUCUUGCCGUGUGGUCUGCCGCAAGUGAUGUGACUUUGCCUGCCCCAUCUGUAAAAUCAGGAAUAACAUGUGUGGAAGUACUUGCUAUUGUUGAUCACCUGUACCCCAGCACAGGAGCUCCAGCCUAAUCAUUCUUUGCUCUCAGAACAUGGAGGAAAAUGAUGAUGAAAAAUACAAUCAAGCUGGCCAGGUAUUUGAAAACUUUGUACAAGCAUCAACCUGCAAAGGCACCAUUCAGGCCUUCAACAUUCUCACCCGCCAACUUGACUUGGAUCCUUUGGACAACAGGAACUUUUACAGCAAACUGAAAUCAAGAGUGACCACAUGGAAGGCCAAGGCUUUGUGGAACAAGCUUGAUAAGAGGGCGAGUCACAAAGAGUAUAAACGUGGGAAGUCUUGUAUGAACACUAAGUGUUUAAUUAUUGGAGGUGGCCCCUGUGGCCUGCGGACUGCCAUAGAGCUUGCCUUCCUGGGAGCCAAGGUUGUCGUUGUGGAGAAGCGGGACACCUUCUCCAGGAACAAUGUGCUGCAUCUCUGGCCCUUUACCAUCCACGACCUGCGGGGACUGGGAGCAAAGAAGUUUUAUGGGAAGUUCUGUGCAGGAUCUAUAGAUCACAUCAGUAUUCGACAGCUUCAGCUCAUCCUCUUCAAAGUUGCACUUAUCCUUGGAGUGGAAAUCCACGUGAACCUGGAGUUCGUGAAAGUCGUGGAGCCUCCUGAAGAUCAGGAAAACCAAAAGAUGGGUUGGAGAGCUGAAUUCCUCCCCAUGGAUCACCCUCUGUCAGAGUAUGAAUUUGAUGUUAUCAUUGGUGCAGAUGGCCGCAGGAACACCUUGGAAGGCUUCAGGAGGAAGGAAUUUCGUGGGAAGCUGGCUAUAGCAAUCACUGCCAAUUUCAUAAACAGAAAUACAACUGCAGAAGCCAAGGUAGAAGAAAUUAGUGGGGUUGCUUUCAUCUUCAAUCAGAAGUUCUUCCAGGACCUGAAAGAGGAAACGGGGAUUGACCUGGAGAAUAUCGUUUACUAUAAAGACAGCACGCAUUAUUUUGUGAUGACAGCAAAAAAGCAGAGUCUUCUGGACAAAGGAGUGAUUAUUAACGAUUCCGUUGAUACCGAGCUGCUGCUCUGUGGGGAAAAUGUGAACCAGAGCAAUUUGCUGUCCUACGCCAGAGAAGCUGCUGACUUUGCAACCAACUACCAGCUGCCUUCCUUGGAUUUUGCAAUUAAUCAUUAUGGCCAACCAGAUGUAGCAAUGUUUGAUUUUACCUCCAUGUACGCGUCUGAAAACGCUGCGCUGGUGAGAGAGAGGCACAGACAUCAGCUCCUGGUGGCUCUCGUUGGAGAUAGUUUGCUUGAGCCCUUCUGGCCCAUGGGCACUGGCUGUGCAAGAGGUUUCCUGGCUGCCUUUGACACGGCGUGGAUGGUGCGGGGCUGGGCGCAGGGGAAGCCCCCGCUGGAGAUCCUGGCUGAACGAGAGAGCAUUUAUCGACUCUUGCCUCAGACGACCCCUGAAAACAUUAAUAAGAACUUUGACCAGUACACCAUUGACCCGGGAACAAGAUACCCCAACUUGAACUCGAGCUGUGUUCGACCUCACCAGGUGAGACAGUUGUAUGUUACCAAUGAGCUCCAGCAGUGUCCUCUUGAAAGAGUGAGCUCCAUUAGAAGAUCGGUGAACCUCACAAGACAGGAGUCAGACAUUCGGCCUAACAAGCUGUUGACGUGGUGCCAGAAGCAGACGGAGGGAUACCGGAACGUCAGCGUCACUGACCUGAGCAGCUCCUGGAAAAGUGGCCUUGCUCUGUGUGCCAUCAUCCAUCGCUUCAGGCCUGACCUCAUCGACUUCGAGGCCCUGGACGAGGAGGACGCGGUGAGGAACAACCAGCUGGCCUUCGACGUGGCCGAGCGGGAGUUCGGCAUCCCGCCGGUGACCACGGGCGAGGAGCUGGGCUCGGCCGGGCAGCCCGACAAGCUCAGCAUGGUGCUCUACCUGUCCAAGUUCUACGAGCUGUUCCGCGGCACCCCUCUGCGCGCAGUCGAUGCUGCUGAGAAGCAAAAUGGAGAAAAUAAUGAUCUUGGUCCACCAAAAUCAUCGAAUUUCAUCUUUAAUAAUUAUAUCAAUUUAACUUUACCAAGAAAACGAGUACCGAAGGCUGAAGGGAAAACAGAAGAAAAUGAGACGAACAAGAGGCGUCGGAAAGGACUCUUGGGUGUCUUUGAGCAGACUUCAGGCUUUCCAAGCCAGGGGACAAACAAUGGGAAAGAACAGAGUGAAUGCAGAGAAGGAAUGAACCAGAACAAAGUCAGGUCAAUGGCAACUCAGCUGCUGGCAAAGUUUGAAGAGAAUGCCUCAAACACGAUUCUGCGGAGACAGAAAAGAGCUCAGACCAUAGCAAAUAGGGAAUUCCAUAAAAAGAACAUUAAAGAGAAAGCAGCACAUCUCGCCUCAAUGUUUGGAUACAUGGAGUUCCCAAAGGGUUCUCUGCGAAAGGAAUUCCCCAAGUCCAUCGGGGGCAGUGACAUCUGUUAUUUCUGCAAGAAACGGGUCUACGUCAUGGAGCGCCUGAGUGCAGAGGGCCACUUCUUUCACAGGGAGUGCUUCAAGUGUGACAUGUGUUCUACAACACUCCGCUUAGGAAUUUAUGCCUUUGAUGUUGAAGAAGGUAAAUUUUACUGUAAACCUCAUUUUACACACUGCAAAAUCAGUACGAAACACAGAAAGAGAAGGGCAACAAUACAGAUCCAUGGAAAGGAGGCGAUAGAGGCGUGGAAGAAAGUGGAAGCCAAACCCACCGAGAUCACCACAGAAAGCAGUUUGUCCCCUGCUAGCAGUCCAGAGGACAGGUCCCCAGGCUGCUGCCUGCCCGUGGCUGAUGAGCCCACCUCCCCCAAGAAGGCGAGGAGCAUCCCUGAAGAGCAGGAGCUGGAGCACUGGUUGUCCCCCCCUUCCCCCGAGUGGGCCAUCGUGAGGGUCAUCCCUGAGGAGGAGAUGGCUGAGCACAACCUCCUGGCAGUUCGAGUCAUGGUCAGCAGUGAUGCCAGCAGCUCUGAGCUGGACUCGGAUGUCCGCGGGGACUCCUCGAGCUCGGAGGUGGGCGAAGCCCGGCCCCCGCUGCCGGCGCCCCCCGCCCGCUCCAGCCCCACGCCGAGGUGGGCAGCGCUCAUCAGGAGCCCCCCGCUGGCCCAGGACAGCUCCCGAGCAUCCAAAGUGGCCGAUGCACUCCAGAGAGCCAACAGUUUUCAGUCCACGGCGUUGAAUAAGUAUCAGCAUUGGAGGAGAAAAAUCCAAACGAGCUUUCCUCUGCUGUCCAGCAAGAGACCUGGGCUACACGGGAAGGAGAGCUCAGCCAGCUGCCAGAGCGGGGCUGCAGAGGAGCACUCCCAAACCCAGUUGGCUUCCUACAAGAAGCCACCAGAAAUUCCAGGAGGACAUUUCAGACCCUGCAGCAGCCCAGUAUUUCCAAGGAAAGAAAAAGCCAGGGGGAUGCCUGAAGACACACAUUGCUAUGUUCCCCACUGUCCUUUCCAGAGCAGCACCUCGGGCUCUCCACAGCCUCCUGCUGGGACCGAGACACUGGCUGCUGAUUUUUGUGAGCCUGAAGACACAGACAGUGACACUGGGACGUGCCCAGCCUGGGGCUGGAAGGGGAAAACACAGAAAUGCACCUCUGAACCAGAGCACUGCAACAGCAAGACAAGAGCACUGUCAUCUCUGCACUGGAAAGAGAAAGAUGGCAAAGAUACCAGGCACCCGGGAGAAAAGUGUGAGCAAGAGUUCAAGGAGGGAAAGCAGAGGCUGGGGCUUCGUCCAGAGCAGCAGCAGCAGCCCCUGCAUGGCUCAGAGGGGACAGAGCCAGGGGGCAGCAGUGCGGGCUGGGGAAGGAGCAGAGCUCCCUGGGCUCGGCAGGAAAAGGAUGCUGGCUGGACAGGAGAGGGGGUCAGACACUCCGGGUGUCCUGGGCCUCUCUUGUUUGCAGAUGGCUCUCCACCAGCUCCAUCAGUGGACACCAAGGGUGCUCUGAGGAUUCCAGAUGUGGUUUCCAGGGAGCAGGCAGCCCCCCAGCCAAAGUCCCCACUGAGGCUCAUAGCCAAUGCUAUCAGAAGGUCCAUUUGGGAGCCUCUGACCUCAGCUCCAGAAGGAUUGAAGCAGGACUUGGACAGCAUAGCCAAAGCCUCUUCAGAACAAGCCUUCUUCAGCUUCCCCAGCACCCCUGGGUAUUCCCUAAGCCAAAGGAACAGGAACAACAAUAACACUCAGUCACUGCAUCCUGAACUAAGGGAGUGGGCAGGAAAACAUGUAGGAGAUGGGAGCCCUUACCCAAAUCAGUCUCAUUCCUCUGUGGGCUCAGAAGGGAUAUCUCCAAGGGACUACAGGGAGGAGGAAUCCUUCACACCCCACAGGCUCUCCAAGACAGCCCAUAUACCUCAGCAACCAGCUUGCACCAGGAUGGAGGAAGUGCCAGCACUGCUAGAAAAGUUUACCUUUGAAGACAGUCCUCUAGGGACUCCCAUGGAUGAAACAAGGAUCCCUAAGAACAAGUCCCCUCUCCUCUCAUCUGCAGAGCCCCGGGACAGUCUGGGUGGCUGUGCACAAAAAGGGUCACUCCUCAACAGCCUGAGGAGCAAAGCUCAGGAGAGGGAGCAGAAUUCCUUGGUGCCAUCUCUGCCUGCCAUUAAGGACCAUUCUCCACACAGGUUGUGUUAUCCUUUCACAGGAUAUGAACACAUACCUGUCAGAAAACAAGCUACUGAGUGUUCUACUUCAUCCUCUGAUGAGGAGUUUGAAUCCAAGCCUUCCUUAACACACAAGGCAAAAAGGGCUCUCAGGAAGAGGAGGAAGCUGGAGAAGGAGACAAAGCAGUUGAUUAAACAGGAGGAGCUGAAGAGGCUGCACAAAGCACAGGCAAUCCAGCGCCAGCUGGAAGAACUGGAGGAAAGACAAAGAACUUUGGAGAUUUUUGGUGUCCAGCUGGAGAGAGAACUAAGAGGAGAAGCAGAUUCAGGCACAAAGGAUGAAAAUCAGAUGCUACAUGAGUGGUUUGAGCUGGUCAUGGAGAAGAAUAAAUUGAUGCGUUACGAGUCUGAGCUCCUGAUUAUAGCCCAAGAGCUAGAAUUGGAGGACCACCAAAGCAGGCUGGAACAAGAGCUGAGAGAGAGAAUGGCCAUUGAUGACAGCCUUAAAGAUGAGAUGGAUCUGAACGAGGAGGAUGAAAUUUUUACCGAGAUGAUGAAAGUGGUUGAAGAAAGGGACAGACUUGUUUGUGCCUUGGAAGAGCAGAGAGUGAAAGAAAGAGCAGAAGACCAACACUUUGAAAGCCUUAUUUUAUCUACAGGUUAUCAGCUGAGCAGGAUUUAAGCAGCCACCUGCCAAUGAACAUCCUUUCAGCAGUGUUCCCUAUCAUGGACAUACACUCCUCUGGGAAAUGAAGGAAUUCAAAUUUUAAAUCACCUUAUUUGGGAAGCACAUCAUUUUGUCACCAAAAGCUUUAAAGCAGGUUUUUUGCUCAGACCAGAGACAGGCAUUGCACUGUCAGCUCAAGGGAUCACUGGGACACAGGUCUGGACUGGAUGUGCCUGUCUGACAGGCACCAUGGGCUGUGAAAGGGAAAUCAGAGCUCCAUUAUUCUCUGGGAAUUUUAUUUUAAUGCUGAGAGUAGAGUUUCUGAGGAACAGGAUGACAUCAUUUAGUAUUUCUGAGACAGCCUUACUUUCCAUCUCUGUGUGGCUUUGUUAAUAUUUUGGCACAGCCAAGCCAUGGUCAACUAUAGAAAAGUCAGGAAACAAGAAUCUCAUAAAAAUAGGGUUAGUCUUUAUUUCUGGUGGAGGAAGAGUCAUUUGACCAAUAACUACAUAUGAGCACUGACUAAAACUACUGUAAAUGCAAUGCCAGAAGUGAAUUUUUCAGGUAUUUAUAAGUUUUAUUGCACUGUGUAUUUUUGAACAAGAAGUUAAAGCAUUAUUAAAUCCCUGCAUUUUGUCAAAUGGUAAGGGAUUAAAGGGGUGACUAUCCUUACAGCUGUUACAUGCACAAAAAUGUUUCUGUAUAUCAGAGACUAAGGUCUUUAAAGUCAGAAAAAAAGAAAAUUUAAAAAUAGUAAUUCAGACCCAACUGGACCAUAGGGCAGACUUUACUCAGGCAUACUUUACAAUAUCUUCAUAAAAUGCAUCACAAAUGGUAUUGUUGGGUGUGAGAAAUGGUACAGCAGUUCAAGACCUCCCCGACAACCAUCCCAUAAAAGGACUGCAAAAAAGGUUGAGUUUUUAGUAUCAACAUUUGACAGAAAAUAUUGUGAGUGUAUUUAAAUUACAUUUAUCCUGCUGCUUGAGAAUAUAUGAAUAUUUUUUGCUCAAAGGGACCAUCUCCUAAUUUAAGUAACUCCUUAAAUCUGAGAUAAUUCUGCCAAUUUAAGAUUGGUAAUACUCCCAACUGUAUGUGUGAUGCACUAGAUUUUCAAACUGGAAAAAACAAGGGGAAACUGAAAGACUGCUUUUUUGACUAUUUUACCUCGUGCUCUGAGAAGAUUUGAUGUUCUCAUUGUUUUGUGAAUGGUGCUAAUUUGCAGCAUCUGCCUGUGGUACAGCCAAAGAUAGAAGCAUUCCUCUAAAAAAAGCUUUAAACUGAAAACCCUCUUGGUGAGUACUGGUAAAGUGACAGACACACUGGAUCCUGUCCCAAUAACUUCUGAGUUAUCUUUAGGGUUGGUUUGUUUUUGCUUUUGUUUUUCCUUCUGUACUGCAAGAAAUUUGAAAUACACUUUCUACAGGUAAAAGCAAGUUUUUGCUCUUGGUCACAGAUAAAUAAUAUACCUCUGUUGGUGCAAGCUUUAUACUAUUGCUCUGCAAUAUUUAUUUAUAUCUAUUUAUUCGACUGUUUGGAGAGGGUAAGAGUGUCUGGUUGCAUUUUACAGUUUGGAUGUUGUCUCUGACUUUGUUUGAAAAAUGUGUAUUUCUAACAGCUGUGUACAGCAAAACUGUGCAUUGUAGAGUAGACAGCUUUACAGGUUUGGUACAUAAUUAGCAUUAAAAUAUGAGUUAAGCUUUUAAACAAUGUUCUCAGUGACCAUAACUUGAAGGGAUACCCUUAAAACACAGCACUCAGGGCUUUAACAUAGAAUUUGUCUUCCAUCCCAGUGAAAAGACAUGGAAGAAAUCCUUAAAUGUGUUCCAAAAUAACCAGCAGGCUUUUUUUCCCCCUCUCAUUCAUGGGCUAAGCAUACCUGAUCUUCAGUGACAUUUUUACUGAGAUGGAGUGCAGUGAUUGAUUUUUUAAACUAACUCCAUUACUUAAGACUGACACAAAAGUAGGAGAGGCAGAGCAGCAAUACAUAUUUUCAUUUCCUCUGUUGAGAUCUGCUGGCAUUUCCAGUUUGGUGGAGAAAAUUUCUGGGUUUUAUCACUGUCCCCAGUCCUCCCUCAUGCAGUCCUGUAGAAAAAGACAGUCUAGGAAAUUUCUGUGAAAGUCAUAAUGAUUUCAGGGUAUUUUUAAAAGGUUUGAAAGCAAAAUUCUUAGAGCUUUGCAAAGGAGGAGAAUUCUGCAGAAAUCUCCAGUUAUAUCAAAGAUUGGUUUUCUGACCUCACUUUUACAAUUAAGAAGUCCCAUUUACAUUAGUCCUGCUGUUGCAAAUAAGCUGUAAACUGAGAUUUCAGUUUACAGCAGAUAGAUGCCUGUUCAGCUACAAAACCAUGUUCCAAAGGGUGAUUUCCAAAGUAUCAGAGUCUGCAGAAGCUGAGGGCCAUCAGAACUUCAUGGCCACCAAAAGCAUUCUUUGCUAAAGAAGCACUUUUCUGGAUGCCCUGUGGUGGUUACACAUGUUCCACCCAAAACUGUCUGCUCUUGGGUGGAAAAACCUGUCAGGCUACUGCUGCCCUGCCUGAUAUUAAGUACCUCACAAGAUUAGAUCCAAAAAUAAACUGUGCAAGUCACUUAGAAAAUCAGAAACUCCAAAGUCGUUUAAAGCAGGUCUUUGUGUACUGUCAGAGUAGAGAAGGGGGUUAAAAAUAGGAGAAGCUGUGUGCACUGUUCCCAGGUCAAUUUCGUGUGGUUGCCUUCUACUAGAAAUGUACUUAAACACUGGUUUGGUGAUCAGUUUUCUUGCUGCUCAAUCUUUUCUGUAACUUGCCUCACUACUUUGUAAUAGAUUUGUUCAUUUUCAAGUUGAUGGCACUGUCAUUUUGGGGUAUAAUGUGAUGUGCUGGAAUGUCCUGAGUGUGUCUAAACGGGCUGGUUAUGAGAAAUUCUCUAUUUGAAAGAAUAAAAUUCUGGCUCACUCCUGAAGUCCCCAGAUAA